GAUAAAAAUAUUCUUCUUUACGUUUUACCUUCUAACACUACUCAUAUUUUUCAACCAUCUGAAAUUCCCUUUAAAAAACUCAAAGCCGAAUAUGACAAGGCAUCAGAUCGUUAUCAUAUUAAGAAUAAUCUUGAAGUCACGAAGUGUUUAUUUGCUCAAGUCUUCGGUGAAGCAUUUUAUGAAACCUACACUCCUAAACCUACUUACAUAUAUAAUACGAGGACUAGCAAGUUAACUCAACUUGAGUAUGAAAAUAAAAGGUUACAUGAAUAUGUUCAAAGGUUAGAACAUCCCGGAACAGCACCUUUAGCAUCGAUUUUGAAGUAUCCACAUUCGAAGCAAUUGUCAGUUGAGAAAAAACCUCAAAACCGACCCAAAAACUUCAAAUUCGGAACACUUGUAACUGCAGAAUCCAUUGUAAAAGAAUUGGAGGACAGAGAAAAUGUAAAGCAAAAAAAGGCUAAAGAUGCAAGAUUAAGAAAGGAACGACGGGCUAUUAAUAAAACAAACAAGCAAGCCCAAAAUAAUGCUAAAAAUAAAUAG